UAUUCCUUUCCCUCCACGGCUACCAUUCUAUCGUCCUAUCUUUCGUUCUGUGCAGUAUGUGGAGCUCCGUGCUCCGUGUGUUCAGUGAUUGAACCACAACCCAGUGACCACAACAGAAUUGAACUUUGACGGUGCCUUGAGCCUUGACGUGUUGAUGUGGUGUUGAUAUGUAAUGUUUUGUCACGUUUUGUGGUGUUGACGAUGUGAGAUUUGUGUUCGAGAUUGUAAUGGGUCUUAUAAGAAUAGUUUUAGUAAAGAAGAAAUAGCACUAUAUUAACAUACAAUAAUAGCUAUGCAAAUCGAGUAUCUUUCUUCUAUCACAGAGUGGUGAUGCCGUCAUAAAAGAACACCUAGAAUCUCCAAGUGUGCAAUAAAAGCUACUGCAAAAAUGAGUGCAAUAUUGAAACAUUUCAACUACAUUGGCUGUUAUAGAUUACUAAUAAUAUUUCUCGCACUAUGGCUAAUCGUUUUAGCCAUAUCGGUAUUUCCUAUGUUGAGUCGAACUCCUCCUCCAGAAGGAGAAACUAAAGUUGCUGAAAGACUGUCAAGGGCUCUGCUAGAUUUGGAGGCACUUCGGAGGCAAAAUGAUGAGUUACAAGAGAUCUUCAAAGACAUAAGUGUUAAUAAUUUGAACGAGAAUCAAAAGGAAGUGAUGGAAAAUUUCCAGAUGCGGUUGACAAAAGCUGAUCACCUGAACAAUAAACAGAAUCUAGGAUAUAUAACGCAAAAGGAGGAACCAAAUACUCAAUAUGAAAUACUCAGACGUAGAAUUUUUGCAAACACAAAAGAAAUGUGGUACUUUAUCAAUUCUAGCCUCAAAGAUUUGAAAAACAAAGCGAAUGGAAUAGCCCCAGAGCUCAUUGAUUCUAUAAAUUAUAUCCUCAAUAUGGGUGUAGAACAUCACAGAUCUUUAUUGUUUGAUAUUGAGCAAUUAGAGGCCGUAGAUGGAUAUUCAGUUUGGCGGGAAAAAGAAUCUGCUGAUUUAAGUAACCUUAUCCAGGAGAGGUUCAAAUAUCUUCAAAAUCCAGAGAACUGUAAAACAGCUCGCAAACUUGUAUGCAGUUUGAAUAAGGGUUGCGGCUAUGGUUGUCAGUUACAUCAUGCAGUAUAUUGCUUUAUGGUAGCAUAUGGCACACAGAGAACUCUAAUAUUGAAAUCAAAAGGUUGGAGAUAUCAUAAAGCUGGAUGGGAAGAGGUUUUUAAGCCUGUGAGCGAUACAUGCACAAGCAUAGAAGGAGAAAGUUUCUCCAACUGGCCUGGCCAUGAAGACACGCAGGUUAUAAACUUACCCAUAAUAGAUUCAUUAUCUCCUAGGUCUCCGUUUUUGCCAUUAGCCAUACCAGAGGACUUGGCUCCAAGAUUGACUCGGCUGCAUGGCGAUCCAAUAGUUUGGUGGGUUGGACAGAUUUUGAAAUAUCUCUUACGGCCUCAAGAAAAGACCACAGCAAUGGUUCAAGAAGCCAUGACAAAAAUGGGCUUUAAAAGACCCAUUGUUGGCGUGCACGUUCGCAGGACGGACAAAGUAGGAACUGAAGCAGCUUUCCACGGUUUAGAAGAAUACAUGUCGCAUGUAGAUGAGUACUAUAAUAAUUUAGAGAUGAAACAAGUUGUAGAUAAACGUAGAAUAUACUUAGCUUCUGACGAUCCCAAGGUGUUGUUAGAGGCCAAGAAAAAAUAUCCUCAUUAUGAGAUUAUAGGAGACCCAUCAAUUUCUAAGACUGCCUCUGUGUCAACUAGAUAUUCAGAUAGUUCAUUAUUUGGUAUAAUCCUCGACAUACAUAUGCUUUCAAUGUCAGAUUACUUAGUAUGUACAUUUUCUUCUCAAGUGUGCCGAGUUGCAUAUGAAAUAAUGCAGAUCUAUUACCCUGACGCUUCAGCAAAGUUCAGAUCUUUGGAUGAUAUCUACUAUUACGGCGGGCAGAAUGCUCACAAUGUGGUUGCUGUCUGGCCACAUGAACCGAAAAAGAAUGGCGAGAUGCAUAUUGCUGUAGGGGAUCUGAUUGGAGUUGCUGGAAAUCACUGGAAUGGAUUUAGCAAAGGACGGAAUGUCAGAACAAACCAGAUUGGUUUUUAUCCAGCUUUCAAGGUCAAAGAUAAAGUACAAACGGCCAAGUUUCCAACAUAUGCUGAAAUGUACAAAAGAGAGCACAAAGAUGAAAAUUAGAUAUGUAUUUAGCGGAUGUAGAUGAGAUCAUGAUUUGACUGCAUUUAUUUUAUGGAAUUAGCAAUAUUGAGAACAUAUGCUGAUAUGGUACUUCAGUUAGGGUUGUCACUAAUUUAACCCAAACCAUCACUAUUAUGAGGUGUUUAAUUAUCCACUACCAAUUUUAAGAUUAAGCAUCGUAAAUUACGAUCUACUAUAAAGAUAUAAGUUGAAUAAAUAUAUUAGAUAUAUUCAGAAGAUAAAAUAUUCAACGAUUAUGUAAUAAUUGUAUGUAAUUUGAAUAUUAGUUAUUGCCUAUACAGGGUGUUUCAAAUUCGACCCUCUCCAUUGGGAUUUCGGUAACUGUAAGAGAUACGAAGUCGCUUAAAUGGGGACAAAGUUGCAUAUUUAGGUGAUCAACAAAAUGCUGCUUAGAAAGUUUUGAAAUUGAAAAUACUUCCUAAACAGAAUUCUCCCAAAGUCGUUUUAAUUUUUCCUGACUUUAUUUGUGGUGGAAUUUUAAAAUAGCUUGCACUGCCACUUUUUCUGCUCUACACAUUUGAAUAGAGUUUUUACUUCUGAUUCUAAAAAUGUAUAAUACGUCAUGUCGUAUGACAUAUUAUCUGCGUAAAAAUCAAACAUGGCGUCCAUAAGAAAAAAUAAACUUAUUUUGGAAUUCUAAGUAUCCCAUCUUGUAGAGUAGAAAAAGUGGCAAUGUUAAUGUGUAUUUUAUAUUGAAAUCCCACUACAAAUAAAGCCAGGAAAAUAUUAAAAUCAUUCUGGGAAAAUUCGGUUUUUUCCGUCUCUCUCCAGAAGUACUUUGAAUUUCCAAAUUUUCUAAGCGUCAUUUUGUUGAGUACUUAAAUUCGCAACUUUGCCCUCAUUUAAGCGACUUCCUAUCUCUUACAGUUUCCGAGAUCUCCAUGGAGAGGGUCGAAUUUGAAACACCCUGUAUAUUAUUUCUUCUAACUCAUCCCACAUUACUAUGAAAUUUGUUAUGUGCUUAGUUGGAUAAACUUGAAAUAUUAUGACAAGAACCAGCUUAAAAACCACGUGUUCAUUCAUUUUAUUUUAAAAUUGAGUAGACAUAAAACAUGCCGGUAGAAGUACUGGAUGACAGAGUUAAUUAAACAUAAAGUUCAGGUAAACUUACGCAUUUAUGUAAUGUCAUUUUCUAAAGAUUAUUUGACAGAUUUUGUUGGAACUAUACUAUUACUAAUUUUCGUUGAUUAGUAUUGAUUCAGUUUUAUGAGGAUCUGAUGAAUUAAGAGUAGGUACUUUCCUGGAACAAAAUAUCUAUUUUUUUGUCUAUAGGUAAUUCGUAUUGUAACUGGGCUAAACAGAUGAUUCCAACUCUUUCCUAUAUUAAGAAGAAACUAUACAGACUUGUGUAUUUGAAGGUUUCGGUUGAAUGACAUAGAGGGCUGAAAAAAUAAUUUCAUACCAAAUAUAUCGGCAUCAAUCCAUCAGUCAAUAUUUUUCCUGAAAGAUGCAUCGCAUUUAUCGAUAAUAACUUUCAGCUUCAUUUAGGAUAAACGGUAAUAUUAUAACUAGUGCAAGUUGCUACAUUGGUAUGAUAUAAAACUUUGAUAUUUUUACUCAAAAAUCUGAUCGUUUAGGCGUUUUGGAAAGAUUUUUCUCUAUAAAAAUGACAACCCUAGUUGACUUGACUGACAUUGCAUUUAUGUCAAUUUAGACUUGCACUGAGUGUCUACAACAAAUGUAAACUGUGUUUUCUGAUGUGUUUCACUUUUUAAUAAUAAUUUUGUACGAAUAUAAGUUCAAUGAAAUUGAAAUGUGUUUUCUAAAUGACUGCAAAUGUAACAAAUCACUAUGAUUAUGCAUUUUCCUGAAACAUUUAUAAAGAUGUAUGAAAAUAAACAAAUGAAAAUCUAUUUACAAUAGCGAACCUAGAAUAAAAAAAUGGUAAAGGCGCCAACAUGGAUUACGUGAGUGUGGGCUCGACUUCCAAAUUUCGUCUGAAACUGUAAAUAGAUUACUUUUAUUCGAUUCAUCAUUCACGCCAAUAUUCUAUUAUGAACAAAACCUGUUUCAGGAAAAAUUUCAAUUAGUUUCAAGAAUAGUGAAUCUCAUAGUACUUUCUGUGUUUAAGUUGUAGCCAAAACUAGAUGAAUAUCAAAGUCGAGUAGACAAUACUAAUCUGGAAAUCAGUUAGGCUGUACUGUUGCAAAUGAAUUCCAGUAUUUUGUUAUUUACUUCAAUGAAGUAAUGUUAUAUUUGUUUCUACUUCCGUAUGACCAAUUUACCCUAUGAAUAUUAGGAGAUGUAGAAAACAUGUAUGUUUGUACAAAUAUGUCUAGAAUACUAUGUAAUCUCAUUUUUAUAUUAUUAAUUUAAUGGAGUGUAAAUAUAUUUUAUUCAAUACAUAAUGUUUUCCUAUUUGACGGUGUUUUUGUUUCAUCUGAAACAUAUGGAAAAUACAGUAGCAAAAGCUACUACCCAGUGGGAUCCUUGUGAGCAAAAUACGACAAUUCGGUAAGAUUUCUGUGAAAGGCGAUCGAAAAGUUGAAUAAAAACAAAC